AUGCUUUACGAACUCUUUGCCAUCGCACGAAUCAACGACCCACUUCUCGUCAACAAGGAGGCGGCCAAAAUCGCCCACACCAUUGGAAAACUUAUCAUCAAUAACAGAGGCGUUGUCCGCAGCAUCACUAGUUUAGGUCCCAAACCUCUUCCCAAGGUGCUUUCCAAGGAUCAGGAAAGACACUUCCAGGGAUACCACUUUGUGAUGACUUUCGACUCAUCGGCGGCCGUUCAGGCGGAGCUUUUGCGUACGAUGAGAAGAGACCCUCGUAUCUUGCGUACUUCUGUUGUCAAGAACGACUUGGGCAGACUGUUGAACGCUGGCUCUUCCUUCGAGAGAGCCUUCAACAAGGUGUCCUACUAA